CUCGGCACUCGGCAUCGGCGUGACGGGAGUGGACGAGUGGACGGUGGACGCCGGACGGGAGCGGAACGCGUACCGCGUACGGGAAAUAAACAGAGUGCGGCGUGUAGCGUGCAGCGUGUAGUAGUGGUGGCGAGAGAGCGCGCGUUUAAGACAGUUUAAGAAUCAUGUCGUCGUCGAGCAAGAAGGCCAAGGAGCUGGAGGAUCCGGGCUCGGGCGAGGGGGACGCCCGUGAUUACGACGUCGAGAUACAGAAGACCCUCGAGGAGAUCGACGGCUGUCAGAAUCAAAUCGAUGGCCUGAACGAGAAGGCCAGCGACGAGAUUCUCGAGGUCGAGAAGAAGUAUAACAAGCUGCGCAAGCCCUACUUCCAGAAGCGUAACGACAUCAUCAAGAGGAUACCCAACUUCUGGGUCACCGCUUUUGUAAACAACAAAGAAAUAGCAGAAAUAUUGGAGGAAGACGAGGAAGACGCCCUAAGAUUUCUAAACAAAUUAGAAGUUGAAGAAUUCGAAGAUAUCAAAUCUGGCUAUAGGAUUAAUUUUUACUUUGACGAGAAUCCAUAUUUUGAAAAUGACGUUUUAACUAAGGAAUUUCAUCUAGGAUCUUCUGGAGAUCCAGCAUCUCAAAGUACGUCUAUUCGUUGGAAAGAGGGUGCGGAUUUAACAAAGAAAGCGAAAACCAAAACGCCGCUGAAAGGACGCAAAAGGCCACUCAAACACAGGUCAUUUUUCGAUUGGUUCACGGAUCAUGGAGAUCCAAGCUCAGACGAGAUAGCUGAACUAAUUAAAGAUGAUAUGUGGCCUAAUCCAUUGCAGUAUUACCUGGCUCCAGAUAUAGAUGUUGAAAAUGGCAUUGAGGGUGACGGCGAAGAAUGCGAAAGCGAAGAAGAGGAGGAAGAGGAGGAUGGCGCGGAUGAUGGUGAUGAAGGUGGAGAAGGAGAGGAAGGCGAUGACAGCAUAGUGGUAGUCGAGGAUGAUGUCGAUGAAGACGAUGACGAGGACGAGGCUGUGAAUGAUGAGGAUGACGGUGUCAAUGAAGAGGAUGAUCUGUUGGUGGACGAUGGUGACGACCCUCUGGGUCUAUUUUAUUGUAAAUGUUUCAGAGGGAGAAGAACCUGAAUAAAGUCAGAGUCUGAUUUCUCAUAACAUCACACUCCACAAAUACCGUGAAAAAAAAAGAAAGAAAAAUGAAUGAACGUGUGUGCACCGAAUCAAUCAAGAGCAGAUAGUUUAGUGGACUAAAAAUAUUAUGCCAUAUGAAUAAAUCUCAGGACACAUUUUUUCUGAAUAUAUGAAUAUAGAGAAGCAGAAUUUAGGAGAUCUAGACCCUUUCGAUUGAGAACCUAUGUAUAAAAACACAGCAUUUGUUAAGAUAUAUUGAAAGUGGUUUGAAAGAGAGAGAGAGAGAGAGAGAGAGAGAGAGAGAGAGAGGAAAGGGUCUGGAUUGAAUUAGAUAGGUUUCACCAUUGCACUAAACCUGUAUCGGAACGUAAUACGACGUCCUCAGUUAUAUUCAUAUGGCCUAGUCGUCGUUCCCUUAAAAUAUGCGACAGAAAAAUUGUCCGCUUGGUCUUUAAUAUCGCGGAUUUUAUCGAUAAGUUAGGAUAAAAUAGAACGAGGCACUAGGUGGGGAGUUCCAUUUGCUUUCUCAUGAUGAAAAUUGUUCUUUAGACAUGACUUCCAGAACGAGGUGUUUUAGAUAGAAUUUUUGAGAGUGACAACUGUAUUUCCUCUCCGUACAUCAAAUACACGGACUUUUACACACGUGUCUCACUAUUGAAUAAAACGUGUAGAAUAAAGAUCCGAUUAAUUUUACAUUGACGCAUAUUGUCUACUGUGGAUGUUUUAUCACUACUCGGGAAGUAGUGAUAAAAAACUGUAUUAAUAAUUCGUGAUAAUAAUUUAUUCAUUUUAUAUCACUGUAGGUGCAGACUGUAACUAACUGUAUUUUUAUUUUAUUUGACUUCUUUUUUAUAUAAUUUUGUAUUAAUAGGUAUAUAAUGAGAAAUACUUGUAAUGCCCCGUUUAUAAGUUACAUAAAAAAUUUACACUAUACACAUGACAUGAUUAUGACAUAACAUGAUUUUUGGUUACUUAUGUUACAAUACUUACAAUGUUGUCUCCAAUAAACAGAAACACAUAGAUAUUGUAUAUUCAUGUGUUAUUACAAAACUUUUACUUGCGACUGUUUGUUAUCGAUAGAACUAUUGUUUUGUUAUCGAUAUUUUAGCGAUACAGAAAUAUGUUGCGCUCAAGGAAUUAUGUAUAAUUUUUCGAUAAAAAAUUGCAAUAUAAAAUUGUGUACUUUAUUACUCACGGAUAAAUGACAAUGUGCUCUGUAUUGAAAUCCAUUUUGAUUAGCAUUAGUUGGGUUACAAUUAUUCGAAGAAUUCUCAAGUUUAAGUUGACGAUAUCACGAACUUGUCACACUCAAAAAAGAAAAAUACUUUCAUCUGGUCACACCUCGUUCACGUUCUUCCACACUUCGUGUCACGAUUUACUCAUAUAAAGUAAGUGUUUCGCGAACAUUUGUCACAUUUGAUACACACGUACUUCUAACGAUGAUUUCACUUUGCGAGAUUAUCGAAUAUUAUAUGGCAAAGGUGAAAUCAACAUGCAAAGUCGCGACGAUACUCUUACAUCUUCUAUAAUCGUCAGUAGAGAGAAAAUAAGACACAAGUUGUCGGUUACACAUUCGCAUCAAUAAACCGAAUCUCGUUGGUUACUCUGCAUUCUUCGAAGCAUAGGAAGAAACAAGUACGUACUACAUCUCGAAUAGAAAGCGCUCGUAGUCGAUUUGAUAAGAUAAGCUGUAAUUGUCUAAUUUUAGAAUAAAGUACAACAGCGAUAUUUUUUAAUUAAGGAUAUAUAUAUAUUCUCGUGUUGUUUUAUUAUUCCGAGAUACGGUUCUGUCAGUAUUUAUUAGAUUAAUACGUGUUACCGCUAACAUGUGUGAGAAAAGAAACGAUUGUCAAAAUUAUAGAAAUAAUAAGACCAAUAAGAUUCGUAUUUUACCAUUAGA